CUGGUGGGCCCCGGCGCGGCCGCCUGGGGGCGCCGGGCAGAGCCCCGAGCGAGCCCCGAGCAGGCGGGCGGCUGGAGACCGCCUCCUCGCGCGCGGUCCGGCACCUGCGCGGGGCGGGAGCAGAGGGGCGCGCGGCGCGAGCGGAGGCGCCGAGCGCGUGAGUCACUCGGCUCCCCGGGGCAGGGAGCCGCACUUGGCCUCCCGGCUGGGGUCUACAUUUCAUCUCCGGCUUCAGCGACUCACCCCUGAAUACUACCCCCGCUGAGGCCAGACCGGCAGCCUUUCCGUCUAGGCGAGGGCCAGUGUUUUCUGGAUUCUGCCCAAUGGAUCUGGUUCCUGCCCUGUAGCUUUCUGAAGGAUUGACAUUGUGCAUCAUUAACGAAACUCAGCUGCUGCCUGACUGAACCUCACCUCAAAGGCUUGGGAAAACUUUUUCAGUUAAAACAAUAAUGAUUUUCUUGGAAUGUAUUCCCAGUGGAGCUUGUUUUCAGUGUGCAUGGCAGAAUACCUAAAUACCACUGGCAGUUCUUCAGAGACUUUAUAAAAAGUGCUCUACAUCCAACGUCUGAGCGACUCGGGGUUGUUCAGGAGGCCUUAAGAAUUGUGGUUAUCCAUUCACCUGCAAGAUUCUACCACUGCUAUUCAGAGCUGCUGCUGAAAUACCAUGUCUAGGAACUCGGAGUUCAUCAAUUUGUCAUUUUUAUUAGAUCAUGAGAAGGAAAUGAUCCUGGGAGUCCUAAAGAGAGAUGAAUAUUUGAAAAAAGUGGAGGACAAGAGAAUAAGGAAGCUGAAAAACGAACUCUUAGAAGCAAAACGUGUAAGUGGGAAGACUCAACAAGAGACCAGCAGAGUCUGUGUCCACUGUCAGAGAAACCUGGGCUUAAUAUUUGACCGGGGAGAGCCCUGCCAGGCCUGUUCCCUGCGAGUGUGCACCGAGUGUCGGGUCUCAGGCCUUGACGGCAGCUGGAAGUGCACUGUCUGUACCAAAGUCGCACAGCUACGGAUUGUAACUGGUGAAUGGUUUUUUGAAGAAAAGGCAAAACGUUUCAAACAAGUCAAUGUUCUAGGCACUGAUGUUGUCCGACAGUCCAUCUUAAGAAGAAGUCCAGGAGCUGAAGAAAUACAAAGUCAAGAGCCAACCCACCAGGAUGCAGAAAAGUCAGACACUUCACCUUCAGCUGGGCAGAAGGCCAGCCGUGAUGGGCCCAGGAGGAAGGGAUUUCUUCUUAGCAAGUUUAGAUCGGCAACCAGAGGAGAAAUCAUAACUUCCAAACCAGAAAGUGGGCGGAGCUACAGCUUGGACUUAGACAGCCAAAACUUUCGGAGUUUAAAGUCAACCCCUGGUUCAGACAGGGGGAGCACUGGUUCAUCGGAUCUUAAUGAACUUGAAGCUGGUCCUGGGACUCCAAAGAGCAGCCGGAGCAAUGGUGUGACCCCAGGUCCUCAGAGGUCUCCGGCCCCGAGCACACGGAGCGGGAUGUCAGUCAGCAGUAGGAAGGAACGUGGUUUUGAGAAUUCCAUGGAUUUGGCUGCUGUUGAAAGCAUCACUGAGGGCCUCACAAAGAGGCAUCACAGAAACACUUCCGGUACCCCUUCCAUAGCAGUGUCUGAGGCCUCCCUCUGCUCAGACCGGAGUCAGUCUGAGUUAGAUUUGAAUGGGUCAUUUACAGAAGACUUAGAGGAUACUUUAAGCAUAAGAAGCAAGUCUGUCCCAGGGGCUUUAGACAAAGACUUGGACUCCUCAGAAGAGACUGGAGAAGGCAUCGACGAUUUAGCAUCCUCCCGGUUUUCUGCAAACACUCACAGUCUAGCAAGUGGCCUGUCAACCAAGUCUCAAGCAGUCUCUGACAGGAAGUGGACCUACCUAAAUGUGCCCGAUGCUGACUCAGACACUACCAGCCUUAACAGCAUGAUGAGUGUUUACAGUGAAACAGGAGAUUAUGGCAACGUGAAGGUCAGUGGUGAAAUCCUUCUCCACAUCAGCUACUGCUACAAAACUGGCGGGCUCUACAUUUUUGUCAAGAACUGCAGAAAUCUGGCCAUAGGCGAUGAAAAGAAACACAGGACAGACGCUUAUGUCAAGUCAUACCUUCUUCCUGACAAGUCCAGAAACAAUAAGCGUAAGACCAAAAUCAGAACAGGCACCAAUCCAGAAUUCAAUGAAACACUGAAGUACACCAUCAGCCAUGCCCAGCUGGAAACAAGAACUCUGCAGCUCUCGGUCUGGCAUUAUGAUCGAUUUGGACGCAACAGCUUCCUCGGGGAGGUGGAGAUUCCUUUUGGCUCCUGGAACUUUGAAAAUCCAAGUGAUGAGUGGUUUGUGCUUCAGCCCAAGGUGGAAUUUGCUGCUGACACUGGCCUUCAGUACAAAGGAGAGCUGAAAGUUGUUUUACGUUACAUUCCCCCAGAGGAGAACCAGGCACUACCACUAGGACAACUCCAAGCUGAUGCAGGAAAGAAGACCUUUAAAAGGGGGAUGAGGAAGGAGUUGCCUGUAACCUCUGGAGGAAUACUGGAAGUGUUCAUCAAAGAGGCCAAGAAUUUGACAGCAGUGAAGUCGGGAGGCACUUCUGAUAGCUUUGUGAAGGGCUACCUGCUCCCUGAUGAUAGCAAAGCCACCAAGCACAAAACCCUGGUAAUAAAGAAGAGUGUUAACCCUCAGUGGAAUCAUACUUUCAUGUUCAGUGGCCUGCAUCCCCAGGAUAUAAUGAAUGUUUGCCUAGAACUUACCAUCUGGGACAAGGAGGCCUUUUCCAGCAACAUCUUUCUGGGAGGAGUUCGUUUGAAUUCUGGAAGUGGUGUGAGCCAUGGGAAGAGCGUGGACUGGAUGGAUUCUCAGGGGGAAGAGCAGCGCCUGUGGCAGAAGAUGGCCGACAACCCCGGGACUGCUGUAGAGGGCGUGCUCAUGCUCCGGUCCAGCAUGGCCAAGCGCAGGUUCUGAAGACUGAUCCUGGACAUGUAUUUUCUCAAGGCUACAAUCAACUCCCUUACCCUGUCCAACCACCACACCUUUACCACAACCCUCCACCUCUAGAUUUGUCCUGCAUUAUGCCCUAUCUCCUCCUCCACCUGGCUGAAUACGCAUUGCUGAAGAGAAAUGGCCAAUUGUGCUGACUCAUUUCCUUAUGGCUUAUGAGAUAAUGCUCCAAGAGGUACUUGAAGAUCUCUAUUAACAAUAGAAUUACAAGGAAGGAAAGUCCAAGAGAUGCAGUAUUUGAAGGCUACACCUUUAGUUUGCUGUAUCACUCAGGAUUCAAUUGCAGAAAAUAGAAUCUACUACAGGUAGAUUAAACAGAAAGGAUUUCCUCAUCUGGAAGUGAAGGGCUGAAGAAAUAGACUUUAUGCUAAACUUCCAAGAGCAACUCCCUAAACCACCUGGAACUGCAAAGGAAUCUGCCAAGAAGCUGUAAAAGCAGAAAUUUGCCUACCAAAUAUGGAAGCCACUUUUAUAUUUGCUUGUUUUAGAACCACUCCAUUUUUGUUACCAUCAGGAAUCCAUGGCCCCAAUUAAGAGGCUGUCAUCAGCUAUUGGCAAAAGAACCAUACUGCCUCAGCCACAGUCUCCAAUGAUGUGCAUGCCUUGCAUUUUGCUUUUCCUCGCACACAUUGAUUCAGUUUCGAAACCAAGUCACAGUUGAGGGCAUCUAGAUGACUGAUGGAAUCUUAAUCACUUGUCACCCUAGCUGCUAGGGAGUCUGGGAAAUAUAGUUUAUAAGUCUCUCAUCUGCAUGCUAGAAAGGGUUGAAUACAUGUUGAGCAAACCUAUGUGCAUUAUCCACUGUGCUGCUCCUGUCCUAUCCUAAAAAUCAUUGAAAGAUUCUCCAACAUAUAGGAUUUUAGAUGUUGUGGAAACCAGCCUUAAAAUUGGCCCCCAGUGAUCCUUACCUCUUGGUAUCCAUGCCCUAUAUACUCCCCUCCCACAAUGAAUAGGGCUGACCUGUGUGACCAAUAGGAUCCUGUCAGAGUAAGUGUGUCUUCUAAGGUGGUCAUAAGAUAUUGUCACUUCCACUUUGCUUGUAUCUCUUCAACUAGAAGAAGCCAACCACCAUGUUAUGAGCAUAUGCAAGUAACUCUGUGGAGAGGCCCAUGUGGGGAAGAACACAGCCCUCUUCCAACAGCCCUACCAACUUGUCAGUUGCAUGAGUAAGUCACCACAGAAGUGGACCCUCCAGCCCCAGUCAAACCUCCAGAUGACUGCAGCCUUGGACAACAUCUGACUGCAACCUCAUGAGAGGCAAACCAGAACUGGUCAGCCAAGCUGCUCUCAAAUCUGUGACUCACAGACAUUCUGAGACAUAAUAAAUAUUUAUUGUUGUUUUA